UCGAACAAUCGUCUUUUGACAACUGCGCAUUUUCCAGCCCUGAUAAAAAAAAGAGUUCACCCAUGUGACAUCUCUAGCUACUUGUAAACAUGGCAGGUACAUGGAAGGAUUCCUUUUUGUCCCCAAUAAUUGGUUCGCUAAAUGGCUCCAAAGCAUUGUUGAACAGACUGUGUGCUGACCUGGAACCCUGGCAAAUAGUUCUGUACACUGGAGGAACUACCCUGGCUGUGGUGUACAUUAAAGGUUUUCUUUUUCAAGAUGACAGCACAUUGACUGAAAGAACAAAACGUGAGUUUUUUAGAUGGCUAAAAAAAGUACCAAUGGUUCAACGAAAAAUUGCGGAAGAAAUGGGAAAAGUUAACAGCUCUAUUGAAGAAACUUUUAACAAAACUAUUACAGGAGACUACCUUGUCAAAUUGCCCCAAAAAGGAUUAUCAGAUGUAGAGCUAAUGGAAGAAUUGUGCAGGUAUAAAAACAUGGCAAACAACAAUUGGAAGAAUGGCCAUGUGUCUGGCACAGUUUACUACGGAGAUGAGAAGCUCGCAGAGAUAAUGGCCAAGACUUUUGGCAUGUUUGCUUGGUCCAACCCGCUCCAUUCUGAUGUGUUUCCAGAUGUCAGGAAAAUGGAUGCUGAAGUAGUGCGUAUGUGCUGCAAUAUUUUUAAUGGUGAUGAGAAUGCGUGUGGUGCCCUGACGUCUGGUGGCACAGAGAGCAUCCUGUUGGCCAUGCUGGCAUACAGAAAUCUGGCCAGGGAAAGAGGCAUCAAAAUACCAGAGAUCAUAGCUCCAGUCACAGCUCAUGCAGCAUUUGACAAGGCAGCAAGCUUUUUUCACAUGAAAAUUACACAUAUUCCUAUUGAUGAAAAGACACGUAUGGUAGAUGUUAGAGCUAUGAGGCGUGCCAUCAAUAGAAAAACUUGUGUGCUUGUAGCGUCAGCACCACAGUUUCCUCAUGGUAUCAUUGACCCAGUAGAAGCAGUUGCCAAGUUGGGAUUUGAGUAUGGGAUUCCAGUGCAUGUAGAUUCCUGUCUUGGAGGUUUCUUGUUGCCUUUCAUGGAAAAGGCAGGAUUCCCAAUACCACCAUUUGACUUCAGAGUGCCUGGUGUUACUAGUAUAUCUGCAGACACCCAUAAGUAUGGAUUUACACCUAAAGGUUCCUCUGUCAUACUGUACAGAAACAAAGACCUGAGGGCUAAACAGUUUUUUGUACAGACAAACUGGCCUGGUGGCAUUUACGCCUCACCUACUAUUGCUGGCAGCAGAGCAGGUACCUCUGUGGCUGCCUGCUGGGCCACCAUGGUCUACUUCGGUGAAGAUGGAUAUGUAGAGUCUACUAGAAAAAUUAUUUCAACAACCAGAUACAUUGUUCAAAAGCUGAGAUUGAUUAAAGGGAUAUUUAUUUUUGGAGAACCACUGGUCUCAGUGGUUGCUAUUGGUUCAAAUGAUUUCAAUGUAUAUCGCUUGUUUAAUGGUCUUGUAGAGAAGGGUUGGAACCUGAAUGCCUUACAGUUCCCUUCCAGCUUGCAUUUAUGUGUGACAAUGCUCCACACCCAGCAAGGUGUAGCAGAUGAGUUUGUCAAUGAUGUUGAGGAGUGUGUGAGAGAAAUUAUGAAGAACCCUUCCGCUGAUUGUGGUGGUGCUGGUGCCCUGUAUGGAAUGGCUCAGAGCAUCCCUGACAGGAGUAUAGUGAAUGAAAUAGCUAGAGCCUUUAUUGAUGCCUCCUACACAACUGACAAGCCAGCCAUCUGUAGCAGUAAACAUCAAGCUAAUGGUGAUACUCACAAAGUUAGCAGUUAAAAAUAUUUUUUCCUAGUGCAAUCUUGCAUAAUGUGAUUUAGAUUUUUAUUGCAUAAUGAUUUGAUAUUACAUUAAUCCAAAGUUUCAUAGAAUGAAGUUUUGGAAUGUAUUCAUAUUGAUUUGUUAAGGUCAUUUUUUUUGGCAUUUUUAGAACACAAAUUGUGUUUUUUUUAAACAAAUUAAAUGCAACCUUUGGCAAGGAAGAAUGAAAUCCACUUAUAAUUUGUGAACAAAAUAUUUAAUAUAUUUCUAAGUUCUUGUUACAAUUUUUCUCAAUUAAAAUGUGAUUUCAAAUCAUUUAUAUGUAAAAUGUAUUAAAUUUGACUUUAUAAAGUUAAAAAAUCACCAGCUGUUUAAAUAAAGAUUUCCUUUAAAAUUUAUAAUUUUACUUUGUACCAUGAUGAGUGUUGAAUAUAUUUAUCAGUGUGAGCAGUUUAAAGCCUAGCAACAUGACUAUUAGAAUAUUGCCUUUGUCUUUGUUAUACAUGCAUUGCUCAUCUGCCCAGAUUUUUUUACACAGAUGUUAAUGAAAUAUCCACCGGCUACUGUAUAAUGACAUUUAGUAAUUUAUUGUGAUAAAUCUUUGAAGCUAUUCAUUGGCUAAUAAAUUUUAGGUUCAUCUACACCUGUACUGUAAAAUAUGUGAAUUGGCAAUAAUUUGAUAUUAUGAAUAUGCAAUAGUUACUUGAAUUAAAUGAAUGCAACUUUCUGUAAUGAGCUGUAAGGUUAAAAAAAUGGACUAAAUUAAUAACUUAGAGAAUGUUCUGUUUUAAGCUGGUCUAAAUUAGUCAUGUUUCUAGUUGUUUUUUUUUUAAUGAAGUUUAUAUGAGAGUAAUGUCAUACAGAUAUUAAAAACUGUUGUUGCAUUUACUAAUACUAGUAUUAGAUAUAAUUUGAAGUUUCUUUUUUAAGAAACCAAAUGUUGAUUGAUGAAAGAAAGAUUUUUAAUGGAGAUUUUAAAGCCUUUUGGUUUUUUUUUUUUUUUGUAAAAUGGAAAUUAGCUUCAACAAUUAAAAAACAUUAAUUGCAAAUUCAAUUAUUAAUUUCUAUUAUGUAUAGAUUGAUUUUUGUAUGUUAGCAUUGUUUGACAAAGUAGAUGAUUUUUAUGGUCACAGAAUUUGCAAAGAAUCAAAUUUGUCAUAUAUAUAAAGUGCCAUAAAUAGUUUGCAAAAAUUUGUUUAAAAUACUAGUGACUAAUUUUAAGCUGUCUGUCCUUAUUUUUGUAUAAUUUCCUACAAUUUAGCUUCUUUAACCCUAUACUUGCUACUGUUACAUUAUUUCUAAGUAUAGUGAACCUAUUUUAACUUUUAUUUCCUGUUUGUGCAAUUGUUUUAUAUUGUCUAUUAGAAAGCCUGAAAAGUUUUGUCAAACCUGUUGAAAUUAGAUGCAUUCCAAACUGUGUAUAGCAUUAAUUUAUAAUGUGUAACACCUGACAGGAUGUUUAGCACUCAUUUUUAUACCGUGUGGUUACAUACAUUGGACAGAAUGUGUUGCAACUAUUUAUGUACGGUAACACCUGACUAUGAAGUGAGAUUUUAAAUUUUUUUUUAGCUGGCACUGAAGGAUGGCACAUUUCCUUUUUCUUUUGCCAUGAAAAGCUGUUAAAAUUUUUUGUAAAAUUUAAAAGUUUACAAAUUUAACAAACAUUUUUAAAACGUUUUAUAAACUUCUCCAACAUAGCCUUAGUUUUUUCUGAUGCCAGAAUGGACAACUGUAAUACUAGUCUGUAACUUUUUUAUAAAACCAUGUUUCUUUUACACACCACUUUCAUAGCAUAUUUGAUAGUAAACUUGAUAUUUGACUUU